AUGAGUAGCUUAGCUCAAUUGUGCACCAGUUUGAAGAAUCAACAAAAUGCCAUGGAUGAUCAAGCUUUCAAUAGUCCAAUUCCUCAAUGUUAUGCCACGAUUUUGUUGAAACAGAUCCUCAAUGAUACAUAUUUGUCUCAACCAAAGAAUAGUGACAUUGUUGUUGAAAACAAGAAGAUCAUCAAGAACCAAGUUUCCAACACAAUACCUUUGUCUCAACCAAAGGAUAAUGACAAUGUUGUUGAAGACAAGAAGAUGAUCAAGAACCAAGUUACCAACACAACACCUUUGUCUCAACCAAAGGAUAACAUGAAGGAUUCAACAACAAGAGGUGAAGAAUGUUGGUUGAAGAAAGUGAUGGAAUGUGUUAAGAGGAGGCAAUGUUGGUUGAUAUUGAAGAGGAUGUUGGUAGACAGAGAUGGUUGGGAUUUGAAAGAUCCUCCAAAAAUAGCAAAGUCUGAUAAGUGUAAGACAAAGGCAAUAGGUUUGAAGGAAAUAGAGAGAAAAAUGAGGUUGUAUGCAACAGAGGAUGAGUUUGCUAGCGACAUGAGGCUUGUGUUCUCUAAUGCAAUGGUAACGUAUCCUCCAAGGAAUAAUAUUUACCAAAUUGCAAAAAAGUUCAGUGACACUUUUGAACACAAAUGGAAGUCAUUGAAGAAUAUGUGGGAACUUGAGGAUACAAAAAGAAGCAACACUUACAAUAGUACAAGAUACUAA